AAAAGUCAAAACAAAUCAAUGUGGAUUGUAUUGUAGAUUACCAAUAUUUUUAGUAAUAUUUAUAUUUAAAGCCUUUUUACAAAUAGAAAAAUGGACGUCGAAAUUGAUUUGCCCAGUUGUAUUCAAGCUAGAUUUGUUUCAGAUACCGGUGAAGAAACCGGUAGUCCCUUAGACUUGCCCUUAAACAUAACAAAAGAUCAACUUACUUUAAUUUGCAAUGCUCUCUUACAAGAGGAAGACAAGCCAUUUCUAUUUUUUGUGAAAGAUGUUGAGAUAACCUCUACACUUAAGGAUGCAGUACCUGUAGAUAAAAUCAACUCUGAAGAAGUGCUUGAAAUAAUUUAUCAGCAACAAGCUGUUUUCAGAGUGAGACCAGUGACAAGAUGCACAAGUUCUAUUCCAGGUCAUGCAGAAGCAGUAAUCUCAACAUCUUUUAGUCCAAAUGGUCGACAUUUAGCUAGUGGGUCAGGAGACACAACUGUUAGAUUCUGGGAUAUAAACACACAAACGCCUCACCAUGUAUGUAAAGGUCAUACAAAUUGGGUGUUGUGUAUAAGUUGGUCACCAGAUGGAUCAAAAUUAGCAUCGGCAUGUAAGCAAGGUCGAGUUAUGCUGUGGGAUCCCAUCACUGGCAACCAACUUGGUAAAACUAUGAUAGGACACAAACAAUGGGUAACUGCAUUGGCAUGGGAGCCUUAUUUACGAAAUCCAGAUUGUAGAAAAUUAGCCAGUUCAUCAAAAGAUGGUGAUGUCAGAAUUUGGGAUACUGUGACAGGCCUUACCAUAUUAAGUUUAACUGGUCAUGGUAAAGCUGUCACUUGUGUGAAGUGGGGUGGCACUGGUCUUAUUUAUACAGCCUCACAAGAUAGAACUAUCAAGGUUUGGAGAGCAGAAGAUGGAAUUCUCUGUAGAACUUUAGAAGGGCAUGCUCAUUGGGUAAAUACAUUAGCCUUGAACACAGAUUAUGUUUUGAGGACAGGACCUUUUCAUCCUAUUCUUGACAAAAUGAAUCCUAGUAAUGAUAAAAAAAUUCUUCAACAAAGAGCUUUGGAGAGGUAUGAACAGACAUGUCCACAGGGGUCCGAGCGAUUAGUUUCUGGUUCAGAUGAUUUCACAUUAUUCCUGUGGAUGCCAGAGAAGGAAAAACGACCCUUGGCAAGAUUGACAGGCCAUCAACAACUGAUUAAUGAUGUAAAAUUCUCACCAGAUUCAAGGAUCCUCGCAUCAGCAUCUUUUGACAAGUCAGUUAAACUUUGGGAAGCAACAACUGGAAAAUUUAUUACUUCUCUGAGAGGACAUGUACAGGCUGUGUACAUGGUAGCUUGGUCAGCAGAUUCUCGGUUACUACUGAGCUCAAGUGCUGAUUCAACAUUGAAAGUGUGGAGCAUGAAAACGAAAAAAUUAGAACUAGAUCUUCCUGGGCAUGCAGAUGAAGUGUAUGCUGUAGAUUGGUCACCUGAUGGAGCCUAUGUGGCAUCAGGUGGCAAGGAUAAAGUUUUAAAGCUAUGGCAACAUUGAAGAAUAUUUAAAAUAAUGAAUAUAUGUUAAUAAAGUUUAUUACAAUAAA